AUGGCCAUUCCUGUCUCCCUUGUCUUUGUCGGUAAUAACAUACCCCCCAUAUCAUGCGCCGCUGUGCAGCUGCUGGUUGGGCUCGUGAAGGAGUCCGUAAGACACAACGGAACGAGUGAGUUCCGUAAGAACGAUCGGUGAGCGCCCCCUAACAUUGUAUAUUCCCGAUCGAAACCGACAAGGCAACGGGAUCGUGGCUCAGUGGUUAGAGGCGUGGACUUCUAAUGAACAGGUCGCGAGUUCCAGCCUCGGGUGUUCUACACUUCGGGGUUGGGUAUGACUGGCUGACGACUGCAAAUAAGCCAGAAAUGGCCAUUUCAGUCUCCCUUGUUUUUUUUCGGUAAUAAUAUAGGGAUAUGAACGAUGUGAAUUACUGAUGCUUGGAGAAUAAUAACCAGUUAGUCUAUAGUUAUUAACGUACGUGGAUCCAGCAAGAGAAGAUUGGGCAGGAGUCCGAGAAGAUAUAGGGAUAUAGUUUCGGAGAGUUGUGAUGCUAAGGGAGUUAGAAAAGACAUAUGUUUGUUGGUAGUUAAAUUAUGAAGGAGGAAGAGGGAGCGUAGAAGAUAGAGGCUAGUGAGUGAGAAGGCAGCCACAAUAAUAAAGGGUUAGGAAACCGGGUGUAGGUUGGAAGUCAAAGGAUUUAGGACUUACGAUGACGGCUUGGGCACAUCGGACAGCACAAAGAAAGCUGAAUCUUUUUCUCAGUCCUCACAGCCUCUCUUCAUAAGAUAAGCAGUUUAUAUUCUACUUAUUUCCGAGGGCGUGGGAGAACCGAUUACCGAAAAUAUCGUGCUUUGAGCAGAAGUGAUUUUCGAAGAAAUGGAAGGCUUGAAGGAAUGUGCAUCUCCCGGUCCGGACGAGAUUCCAACGAAGCUGCUGUCUGAACUUGCCCGAGAGUUGGUCAAACCGUCAUCCUUUCUGUGCCAAGAAACUUGUGAUACUUGAAUCCUUCCCAAAGACUGGAAAACGGCCCAAACUACGUGGCUUUGCAAGAACAUUAGUGGCGCUCUUGUGACUAACUACAUACUCGUUACUCCAAUACCAGUCUGCAGCAAACUCAUGGAGAAGAUAAUCAAAAAGGAAUUUAUGGCUAAUUUGGAAGCCCACAACUUCUUGCCUGAGGCACAACACAGUUUUCAUAGGGGAAGUUCAUGUGAAACGAACUUGCUGCAUAUUGUGCAAGGCUGGGCAAAACACUUGAUGCAAAACCUACUGUCCCUAUUGCCUAUGUUGAUUUCCUGAAUGCCUUCGACAGUGUUCCGCACUACCGUUUCCUUUCAGGUUAAACGUCAUAGACACCGGAGGCAAAAUUUUAAAUGGAUAGAGAAUGUCUUCUUCAGUCGUUCCAAAAUUGCUUGUGUGGAUCAGCAGCAAUCAGCACGCACAGUCAUAUAGAGUGGAGUCCUAAAAGGCCCAUUGCUCGGACCAACUCUCUUUCUCCUGUUUGUUAAUGGUCGUGCAGAGGAGUUGCGCAGUCGUUAUGCCAUGUUUGCAGAUGAUAUAAAAGUCCGGCAAGUCAUUCGUAUGCUGCCGACGAAAACAACUUCCAAGAAAGUCUUUGUCGAGUGGACGAGUGAUCUCGCAGAUGGUUCCUGCUCUUCAGUUCGAACAAAUGAACCUUAAUGCGUUACGGAAAUCGAAAUCCGAUCGCUAACGACAAAAGUUGUGAAAAGCCUCAGGACUUUACCUUAUAACUGCGGACUAAGUGUACUUAAAAUCUUUCAUCUUAAGUACAGGCAGGUUCAAGGUGAUCUCAUACAGGCGUAUCGGAUAUUGAGGAACCGGGACUGCGCCCUAAACCUCGACGAUAUCUUCACCCUGACCACAACAACAAACCCGCGUGGGAAUUCUCUAAAACUUAGAGGAUCCCGAUGCCGCGUGGACGUUCGCGGAUAUCCUUUUUCACAGCGAGUCGUCGGUGCCUGGAACGGGCUUCCCGAGGACGUAAUUAUGGUGGAUACCACGGAGACGUUCAAGCAAAGACUAGAUGUUUAUUUGCUUGGACAACACCGCUUGUCUGGACAGAACAGCUCUGUGGUGCCAAACCAACGCCGUGCAUACACUUACCGCUAAUGCGGAUGAUUGUCAUUUCAUUUUACCGUUAUCAUCAACAACUGAAUGUUCUCGAAUUUCGGUCCUGAAUUGUCAAUGAUAAAUAUGCGGUUACGUGUGUAUAUUACUCACAAAAGUAUAGUACCAUGUGUAUUUAAAGUUAGAUAUUGCAUGUACCGUUUUCAGUAGGGUUUUAAAAGGCAUUGCCUAUUACCCUUAAAAUACACCGACCUGUACUGACCUACGGGGCAAUACCACUAGAACGGAAUGCCACUCCGAGAGGCAGAAGAACAAAGAUCUCGCAGUUUGGAUUACAGAAAACAUAAAGCCUUCUUUAGGAAUGUUGCCACGCGGCAAAGACCGCAAUCAUAUUGCAUUACACCAUAAGGCGGACAUUCAUAGUUCUCGAUGAAGAAUGCUUUCCCAAAGUCUACGGCACGUUUGUAAAGUCACAUCUUGAAAAUAUGAUCAAAAUUUGGACGUAGUAGGAUUACAAUACACUUAAACUGGUGCAGAGGUGGGCCAGGAAACUGCUAAGAGGUCAAGGUCAGUGUCAUAAGAAAUCCGCAUAAAUUGCCUUUAUAUCUAUACUCGGAGUUAUAAGCUGUUGCGCGGACAAUUGGUACAAGCUUUCCAUAUCGUGAGUGGUUUGGAUUGCGCCCUUUAAUGCGAUAACUUUUUUCAAUGUGACACAGCAUAUAACAUCCUCGGACAUUCCUUCAGACUACAUACGUUCCAGCUCCGGAACAGCUAGGCAACUAGUACUCUACCCUGGAUCAGACGUGCAUUUAAAAUAUUUCCUCCCGAACUCUUCGAAAGUCUCUUUGGUAUCUUUGAAAGACCUCAUCUGGAGUAUAGAAUGCCAGCAGCUUCACCAUGGAUGAGGAAGGAUAUCAACUUACGCGAACAGGUGCAACGCAGAGCGACAAAGAUGGUCGACGGUCUAAAGCAUUUGUCUUAUCAGGAGAGGCUGAGUUUGCUUGGAUUAUUCCCUGUCUCUUAUAGACAAAUAAACUGCAGUCGGCUUUGGACGUUCCGGAUUGUCCGCGGCCAGGGUUGCUCAUUAAGAGCAGAGGACGUCUUUGAGUUUGCCCGUACAAACCAACUAUGCGGCCAUGCCUAAAAAGUCGGGAAUGAGGGCGCGCGGUUAGACCGUCGAAAAUUUUCAUUCAACCAGCGGGUUGUCGGACCAUGGAACUCGCUUCCAAGCGAGAUGGUGACGGCCGACACAAUUAGUGUGUUUAAAAGAUAACGUGCUCGUCUAGUUUUCGACAGAAAUCGGCUUUUACAGCAUGACUAUGCACAGCCAGUUUUGUAAAAAACAGUCAUAUACAAUACUUUCGCAAAAAUUUGCAGUGACCUUAUGCACUAUUUUAUGAUUACGAUUGAACGGUGACCCGGUCACAUUGUAACUGCCUGUAAUUUUAUUUUUGAGUACGGAUCUGCCAAAGCACUGUACAUAAAUAGGGUCAUCAAGGGUUCUGCCUCUAACCGUACAAAUGUAUACAUACACACAUUUACACAUAAAUCGCCGGGUCGGGAUGGCAUUUCCGCAAAAGUUCUGAAUAAACUCAGACGAACAAGAUUCGCCACAAUCCAAGAUAUUUCAAAGAUAGGUGGGGGCGCUAGCUCUGCUUGAUGACUCUAAGCUAGAAACCAUAAGACCAAUAUGAAAAGAAGGAGAGAGAAACUCGACAAAUAGUUUAAGACUGGCGAGACUCAAAAGCAUUCGUAACAAAUUAAUUGAGAAAAUAAUAAAAAGGAACUGAUGAGACAUACUAAGUAGACUAAAUUAUAUAGUAGUUUAGUGAGUGCCGCAGAAAAUGCAAUAAGUGGCUGUAUCUCCAACAACAAAACGCCUCAGCUAGUGAUGAUUCCCAACUCUGCAAAAUUUGUAAAUUAAUUUCGGAAGCUGCUUUCAAUCUUAAAAUAAUCAUAGGGGAUUUUAACCUUCCUGAAAUAAACUGGGUCUAUCUGGAUUCCAGCCUUUCCGAGAUAUUGUCAAUUUUUCUAAUUGGUCUCAACUUGUGCACCCUCCAACAAGAAGUAAUCACAUUUAAGAUCUAAUAUUUAUCAAUGAUUUUGUCUCAAACAGGACCUUUUUGAUAAUGACAACGUUUUAAUUCAUUGUUGCAUACCGCUGGCCUUUUCAAAAUAGACCAAUACAGUUCAGAAUUAAUAAAUUGGGAUUGCGUGGAUAAAACUUGAUAAAAAACUAUACCGGAUCAUUGGAUUGGUGUGGCUUUCUCUCGUGUCGUGACCCAACCACACCUUGCGACGUCUUGUCCAAUGUUUCCAAGGAAAUCUUGGAUUAUGUUCCUCAGUUUCUUCGUAACAGAAUAAAAACCUUGAGAUGGCACCCGCGCGACCUCUCUACUAGUUUUCAAUUCAUUCAUCUAACAAUCACAAAAAAAUUUCAAAAUGGCCUCAAGGAUGAGAUAGGUGCGCGGCAGGCAAAGAGAAUCACUUGCUUUCAGUGAUUCGAACCCUUGCAAAUCCGUCGGUAACAUCGUACGUCAUCGUUCCUCCUCCAAGUGUGGUCACGAACUUCCACAUCUGCCAAACGAUAACAAAAUCUUCCUUAUCGAUGACACUGACAAGGCGGAGCCGUUUAGUACUUUCUUUGCAACACACCGUUCUACUGAGUCCGAACCAGUCCCCUCCUUUCGUUCACUUUCGGAUAGGACACGGAGUACAAUCGAUGUUUCCGCAGAUCUUAUUAAGAAACACAUAAGUCGUUUGAAUAACUCGCAGUGCUCGGGAACGCACGGGAUUCCAAAUUCGAUUGUUAAACAGGCCUAGUUAUUUGUUCUCGGUUUAUAUUUCGCAUGAUGUUUUACUGAAACAUGGAAGACGUCAAUUAUCAUAGCUUUCUUCAUAUCGGGAUCUCGGGCCAAUGUUAAUAACUAUCGGGGCGUGCACAAAACUGCGUCUCCAGCAAAACUGCUGGAAAGGAUAGUUUUCAAUGAAAUUUUUGACCUCUGUCUAGCUAACCAGCUUCUGAGCUCUAAUGAGCAUGAAUUAUUUUACCUGAACGAUCCUAUGAAAUUGGCCACUUGGCAUUUCUUAAUCUAAUCAAUACUCUUCGUAAUGAAUAACAGUCAGUGGCAGUAAACUACCUUGAUCUUAUUGAAGCCUUUGCCAAGGUGCCUCAUGGACGUCUUUCGGUAAAAGUGGAAGCCCUCGACAUCCGGUCGUAUCUAUUUAAUCGAUAUCAGAAAGUUAUGACUGUUAAUGGCUACUCAACGCCUUACUCGAUCACGUGUGGCGGUCUUCAAGGCACGGUUCUGGAUCCGCUAUUCUUCCUACUUUGCACAAAUUAUAUCUCGACUAAAGUCAAAAAUUCGCAAACUUCUUUCCAUGACGAUGACCCCAAGUGUGUUUACUGAGCGGUAUUUUGCACCGGUCGAACGGAAGAAAUGGAGGGAUCAUGAGGCCGAAGUCCUCAAUAGAUAAAAUUCCUGCGAGAAAACCCUUAGAAUAAGGAAUGGGAAGAUCGUGACUGUUCGGUGCUCAUCCCUCUGCAGACAACCGAUAACACUUUUCAUAUACGCGCGUUAGAUUCUUCUGCACACGGAAAAUGAAUAUAUUCGCUUUUAUAACAGCAUUUGAUUCAUUUGAGUAGCAUUUUCUUAGAUAAAAUAUUCCGGGGUCGCGGGGUAUUUAUUUCAGGUUCAGACUGUCGUGGGAAUCCAGCGGACACAAGUAAUCAUCCAAGCGUUUCUUGAUGAGUUGCGGGGACGUCGCUUCCACGACGGAUUGAGAGAGAUCGUUCCAGUUCUUCACUACCCUUUGCGUGAAAAAGUCAGAUCUAAGAUUUAGCCUGGACAUUUUAUUCCGUAGUCUCAUCGAGUGAACACGAAGCUUGGGUGAAAGGUGUGACUGAAACUUGAUCUCAAAGCUAAGUCCAUGCUUCAGGCCAUGCAUUAUCUUAUAGACGAUGAUAAGAUCACCUGUUUGCGGCCUUUAACACAGAGGGAAUAAAUUAAGGCAAUUCAGUCUGUCUGUGUAGGAUUGGUUUUUUUGACCGUUAACCAGCUUCUUUGUAGGAAGCUGUUCUCUUUCAAGGCAUGUUUGGUCCUAUACGGGCCAUGGCCGCCAUGCUUGUAUGCAAUAUUCUAAGUGGGACCGGACAAAAUUGCCGUAAUCUCUUCGCAAUUGCAUUCCAUUUGGCCGAUUGUAUCCGUUAUAUAUUGAUUUUUUCUAUUCCGUGUUUGUUUGAACUACGAUUUUGGGACCAUGUGUACACAAUGCUUCACAGUUUUGAAAGAAAUAAAUCUCACUCAAUGUUGCAUGGAAGUAACCGAGGAUUGUCAAUUAUAAUCAAAGUUGCAGAUUACGGCCAACAUAUUGCCUUUUUCAAACAUCCCAAUGCUACCUGUCUUAUAAUCAUUUUCGAUUACGUUGAAUGAGGGAAGGUUUGUCGAAAAUUUUGGAAUGUUACUCGAAAAUAAAGCAUAGUUUAACCUUUUCCCAUCUCUUCUGCACUAGUAUUCUUCGAUUGGGAAUCUGCUGAAUGCGAAUUUACAGUUUAGAAUAUUGACAACCAGCAGUAAUUAUUCGUGUUUGCCAGGAUUAAUUAUUUAGUGUGUUGAUAUGUUUUUGACUUUAACCAGUUAACUUCUGCCCGGAAAGGUGAAUUCUUGCCCAACCGCACAAGUUGAUGCUGUGGAACGUAAGUUACCAACACAUUUUGCGGACUAAAAGGACAGUCGAUCUGUUCCUAUGCGUCCACGUUAACGGAACCAAUUCAGCAAAGACUGACUCUAUUUAAACUAACUACCUUUAGUCCGUGACUAGAAGCAUGAGCAGAUACCUGUGUUCGCUAUUGCGUAAGCAUAUUAGCCAGUAAAAAAUGAAUUUAGGGUGGCCUGGCUGCCAGUAUGACAUGUUUUAAUAAUAACCUGAUUGUGUGAAGUCCGCCAGUUUGGCUGCCUUUGGUAUAGCAUACAGAGAGACAGAGUUUUAUUUAAUGGACAAAAAAGGGAUGACGGUUGGUGCAAGGAGUAGAACUUGGUGAAACUAUCUAUAAUUUGGUGGAACUAUCUAUCUUUGGUGGAACUAUCUAGAUUAUUCUUGGUAAAUAUAUUGGAUCAAUACAAGCGUUUGACAAUAUAUAUAUACAGUCCAUUGAUUAAAAUAUCAUACGAUGUGCACGUAUGUGUAGGUCAGUUUUAUAAAGUCUACCCUUGGUAGGACUUCGACGUUCUGUCAACGUAACAGUGCCCGAACGUUUGAUAUGCGAUUGAGCGAAAACCGAUCGUCUAGAGUAUUGAACCACGAAAAGUAUUUCCUACUUUGAUACCGAAAACAGCGCAUGCGCUAGUACUGAGGAUGAGUGAAAUAGAACCAUUGGCUUGCCGAUGCGGUCAGACGUUAUGGUCUCCUUGAAAAAGUCGUCUACUUCAUUGACAGCCUUAGUAGCUAACUAUUUUAAGUUAUCGAGUCGACGUAUUACCUGUUAUGCGUGAAUGGAUUCCAAAAGAAAGUAAUAAGGACACCGUGGCGAGUCUAGCUGCGAGAUAUUCUGUACUCUUGCAUACUUACUUUUGUAACCCAAGCAUAUCUACCUUAGCCUUGUUUGUUUACCUCGCCAGCGAAGACGUCCAAGCAUUCUUUUGUGAACUCAGAAAUGCCCACCCAGUGCGUAAAUCUACGAGUAGAGACUGCGUUUGGUGCUAUUAAAUAACAUUUAGAAGGGUGUUUCGACGACCGAUGUUUAUAGGUGAGGCUAUAGACCCUGAAUACUUCGUCUACGCCUUCCGCGGGUAUAAAAAUUCCACCUUAUGUUUCAGCGCUUUGUGUAGAUUUCCAGACUCACAGGACAUUUUCUUCAAACGUUAUGCUGCAAUUAAUCCAGAAUCUAAUUUGUGGAGGAUCUGACAUGGCUGAGCAAUUAUCUAACUGAUUUUACUUGUUCGCUGACAGUGUCCUUUACCUUGAACAGUGUGUCGGGACUUAAAAAGGUGGUUAUGUUAGCGCUCCGGCUGUUUCGCUUCAGCGCGUCAAGUCUUUCCUGCGUCCUCCGUAAAUACUCGCGUUUCUCGGUCACGCUUUUGCAUCUAAUGGAAUAGCUCCUCCCCCUUACGUCUCAGAGGGCCGUGAGGGUGUCCCAUUGGUUCCGGAGGUACAUGGGCCGCGCAAAAUCGCUCAGAUGCGGUCUAUUGGCAAACGGGUUAGAACGCUUCUAGAUUCUCUCGCAUUACUAAUUGUACCUGGGACAAGGACAGCGGAAAUUGAAAAUUUCGUUGUUGAUUUCUGUCUAAAACACUCCUUGUACCCCUCCCCUUAGGUUAUAAGGGUUUCCCUAGGUUAGUUCUCAUCUUGAGCUCCGGCGAGUUUUUUUGCCUAUAAAUCUACACAGUUCUCAUUUCUGCGAGCAUCCCAUGCACUCAUAAAGAUCUGAAUCCUGAUGACCGACCUGUUUUAUUUUUUUUCAAGUUACUUCCCGCCGUCCUAUUGGAAUUCAAAUUCAAGAGAAUCGUUUUGGGUAAUAUAGUUCGCCCUGCCCACCAUUUUGCUGCAUGUCAUUUGUUACGUUUUUUAAAAUGCAACGCCAUUUGCGUAAUUAUGGAAUGGGCAAAUGAGUAUGUAUCCGCCAACUACAUAUAGUAACGAUCAGAUCGAAGUCUUCUACGUUUACGGGGGUUUCGUUGGAAUAUGAAUGAAACGUAAUUGCAGUCCCCCCGCCCAAUGAGGGGAACAAAAACCGAAGGAGCUUAGGAAAUUCUCAUCGACUAGUUACCAAUUUUUGCCGUGUGACACCGCUCAAUUACGUCGGUCCCGAACAAAUCUGCAUGCAUUUACUCACCGGAGCCUGAUUUGUCAGGCGCAAGACCUCGCUUAUUCCCAUGCAGUUAUUAGCUGAGGUGCCUUCUUUCGUCCGCCAUCUGUGGAUGCACUGGUUGGUUGGUCUUGAUGCUAGCACAUAGAUCUCGUUAUCUUGACUUCCUACAUUCCCCUCUGAGAUAAUUGAAACCUUUCUUCUGUGGGUAAUGCUGUUAAUUUGGCUGACCGGCCCCACUUUGAAAUUUAAAAGCCACCAACUUUCGUUGUCACCGGUUGAUGAAACUUCGAUGGGUCACCGUCUCACACGUUUCGACUGCACAGUCCGUCGGUUCGAAGGCGAGUUCGUUCGCGACGUUACCUCUUCAAACAUCCGUUUUCUGUGUUGACUGUGUAAAGGUGGACAGAUGUAAUUAUGUCAGACCCGCCAAAAUUACUAGAUUUCGCCAAUGUUCGUCAAGAAAUGGGCAUUUUGAGGUCCCAGCUGUUGGUGGCAGAGCAUGAGCUGCCCCUGUCCGUGAUGUCGUAAACCAUGCAGUCAGGAAGGCUAACGAUGAGAACGCAAGUAACAAUGCGGAAACAAGCUCAGACACUGUGCUAAACUGAGGACCAGUUCGAUAGCACAAGGGGUCUGGCUUGCCGUUUUAGGUCUCACAAACCCAUUUUAAGCUCUACAGUAAACCUAUUAAGAGUUUGACGGAAGCACCAAAUGUGCCAACUCUUUGUUGCUUCGGAGGAGGAUAAACAUGGUCAUCAAAUCCACCUUAUAUCCACAGGUUGAUUCUUGCCGAAGUCCCACUGCGGGGCUUUAAACGUUUUUAGUGCCUGGGGUCUUUCGUACAACUUGGUUGGACUAACGAUACUUCUUUGCAGGUCUACGUUGCCCUUAAGACAUUUAUUUCUCACAGCGUUUAGCCAAGUGAAGGCUCCUUUUCUCUAUCCGAUCCGUUCUCAGUUAUGGCUGGAAUAUAGUCAUUGCAGUUCUGGUACACUAAGUCUCAGGAGUUCGUUUGGAGAUGGUUUCGUAGUAUUCCUCGUUUGAUUACCUUAACGUCUCGACCUCAGAGCCUCCACAUUCCAUACACAAAUGUCUUCCUAAGUCAGUAGGACUCGUUCUUGUCACUGCUGUCCAUUACGCACACUAUACUGUUCCAAAAUAUAAACCAACAUUAUACAACACAAGCACUACCUGAAUCCUCUUUUCCAAACUCGUUCACUCAAAUUCAGUUUCGUUGAUUCCAUGUAGGCAAAUAAAACUAGCUAGCGUCAUUAGGAUACUACGCAUAACGUAGUAACUACACCAUCCGUUAGCAGUGGACAGCCACAAUAACUUCCUUGUUGCAGACUGCGAAUUUGAAAUGACCAUUAACCAUACCACCUCCUCCAGUCAUUUACUAUUACUCUGCUCAAUAUCAAGUACACCAUUUUCAUUCGAGAACGUUGUUUUCAAAAUCGCCUGUUUAAGUCAUUUUUCAUAUUUAACGGACGAUAUCUACGCUGCUGCACGUUUUGAUACUCUCUGUUCUGGCCGUUAUUUGUUGAGCUUGGACUUUCACCAUUCAUUUAUUCAUUUGUCUUCUCGUCUUCCUCUUGCUUAUUGUAGCACGGUAUGCACUUCCGUGAGCGAAGUGGCCAUUCACGGUUUACCUUCAAAAGAUUGUAUUUUACGUGCGGAUGACCUGAUUUCGGUGGAUGUCUCUCUUUACGAUGGUCAGGUUCAUGGGGACGCUUGUGUCACGUUUCUUGUUCCUGGCGAAUCUCGGUUGCGCUCGGCCCCGACAGGAAUUAGCGAUCUCCUGCAUUGUGCCCAGAAGUGCUGCCAAGCUGGAGUCUCUGCCUGUGGUCCAGGUGUCCCUUAUCGCUGUAUAGCUGAGGCCGUUUCCCAAGCAGCUCUCAGUUGUGGCAAUUUCCGUGUUGUGGUCGGUAUUAACGGCCAUGGAAUUGGAACCGACUGCCAUGGCCUUCCGGACAUCGGCCACUGUAUCUAUGAAGAGAGACCAGAUGACCAUGGUGUCAUGUGUCCAGGUCACAUCUUUACAGUUGAGACCUGUAUAGCAGCCCCAUCUGCGUCGGCUGACGAAGGGGCAGGUGAGAGUUAUGUUGCACUUCCUUCCACUCAGCCGGAUGGCUGGUCCGUUGGGCACAUCUGA